AUGAGGAUCCCGGGUCCUACCGAAUCCCUCAGUGCGCCGAAGGACGGCGAAAUAGUUUUCUUUACCGACGUCCUUGUGCAAGGCGUUCGGUUGCCGUUGCAGCCGGCGGUGCAGAGGAUUCUAGCCCAGAUCGGCUACGCCCCGGGGCAAUUCAACCCCAAUUUCUGGGUGGCCCUCAUGGGAGUGAUAACGGCCUUCGGCAUGGCUGGCGAAGGGAGCCCCUCCUAUGAGCAGUUCUCCCAUCUCUACAGUGUCACCAAGUCCAAGUGUGCCGACCACGGUGGAUGGGUGCAGGCGAACUGCCUCAGGGCUGCCGAUCGAGGCCACUUUGUCAGCUGGGUACCGACUUCACAGAAGUCGUGGAGGAAUCGGCGGGUGCUCCUCUCGGGCGACUGGGAGUCGCCUUCGGGACAGCCUGUCCGAUUUCGCAUUCCCACAACCUUCCAAAUGGCCGGUAAGCUGAAGCAGCCGAUCGCAACACAGGCCGAGAUUCAGCAGGUGGAGAGAGUGAGGAGGAAAGUCCCUGCCGAGGAGAGAGUGUAUCCGCAGUUCCUCUUCACCAACAAUCUGAUCCGGGCCCAACUGAUCGAUCCUGCCGAGAGUAAUGACGGAAGACAGGAGAGCUGCCGAGGCCAAGAGGAUGAACGAGUCCUCCAAGCGCCGUCUCAUGAUGGGCUUCCAGGGGAAGAAGAAGAAAACCCAGCCGCAAGGGCUCGGCAUCGGUCGACCCAGAGGACCAGACACUGGCCGACCGUCUCCGUGAGCUUAACGCCGAAUCGGCACAGGCCGGAGCGGCAGCGGCCGCCCUUCUCCCCGCCGAGGCGCCACUACCGAAGGGGACUUCCUCCCGAGCCGCCGGCAAACGGCCCUUUCACCGUCGAUCUAGAUGCCGAACCGGCCCCAAAACGCGGACGGCAGGCCGAGCCAACUCGGGCCAUCUUUGCCGCUGAAAAUGACGAGGAGCCUGCCGAUCCCGUCACCCUGGCCUGUCCGUCGAAGACGGUCCAGUUCGCGAACCACAUGAUCAUUGGUUCGCAAAUGGAGCUGAACGAGAUCGAGGAGCUGCCGAAGAGGCUCCUUCGAGAGGAGGCGGGGUCGCGCCUUCCGUCUUCAGGCAUCGGUAACGGGCCAUCAAUGCGGCUGAGAAGGCGAAGAAGGCCUAUGACGACGGCAGGGCCAGGGUUGCCGAGGCUGGCAAGGCUAUCCAGGACCAUGCGAACCUGCUGUCGGCCAAAAGAGGCUCUGGAGGCAAAGGAUGCCGUUGAGGUGGCUCUGGAGGAGUCGGAGCGGGCCAAAGCGUCGGAGAUUGAGGCUGCCGUCCAGGAGGCCAUUCGGAAGUAUCGCCACUCUACCGAUUUCUCUACCUUGCUCGACAAGGAGGUGGGCUCGGAGAUGGUGGAUCUCAUCUACCGAUUCAAGCGGUACAAUCCUGGGACGAAGCUCAACUUGAACUUUAUUGCCGAUCCUCCUCCCCUUCCCGAAGGCGUUACGGAAGAAAUGAUCGAAGAGUACGAGGGAGAAGACGCUGCGGAGGAGCCCGAAGCUGCUGGUGCCGAAGGGGCGGAUGCCGAGGGUCCUUCAUCCUGA